AUGAGCGGACUGUUGGGGCUCUCGUACGACCAUACGGAGGACGAAGAGGAGGAAGAGGAAGAGAAGAAAGAGGAGGGCGGACUGGUCGCUUACGAUCACGUCGAAGAAGGUGAAGGUGAAGAGCGAUCUACAUCGCCCCACAAGCGGCGACGCGUAGCGGAAGGUGAGGAGCAGCGAGAUGACCAAGAAGACCAGAACGGCGCAGCGAGAGAUGAAGACGAGGAGGCCGAGGAGAGCAGAAUGGAAGAAGAUCACAAGGCCGAUUUUGAGGAUCAGUCCUUCUACACCAGAGAUGGCCGAUCGUUGAUGGAGUUGAUGCUGCCACCACGACCUGCACGACCACCCGAUGCCUCGCUUCAGGGCAAGAUCGUUCAGUUCCAUCGGCUGCGAAGAGAGGGCCGUGCCAAGAGCAUCAACGAGAAGAUCCGGCACGCGCGCAACUUCAAGAACCCCUACAUGCUCAACUGGCUCGUCUCCCACUGCGGGAUCGACGAGACGGGGUCGAACUACCCGAAGGAGCUGUUCGACCCGGCCGCCAUCCGGCGCGAGGCCGCUGAAGUCAUGGAGCGCCAAAAGCGCCAGAAGGCCGCCGCCCAGCAGAAUCGUACGGCGAUCGAUUUCACGACGGGCGAGGGAGCGGGGUCGGCGGGGCUGCAGGCCGGGGGCGUGGUGGUCCCGGGCGGCGCGGCGGCGGCGGUGGGCCUUGGGAUUCCGCGGCCGAUCGUGAAGGUGGUCGAGGGCACCAAGCGGCCGCGGAGCAAGUGGGACCAGGGCGAACCCGCCGCCGGCGCCAAGCCCGGAGCGUCGCAACCCGCCGCCACGACCACGACCACCACCAGCGGCUCCCGAUACGCCGAAUACGCGCUGGCCAAGAAAGCGGAGAUCGAGGCGAAGCUGCGGCAGAAGUGA